AUGGAGGGAUCGGCGACGGAGGGAAAUCACGGAGGCGAUCCCCGCGCCGAGCAUGCCGCAACCAAGGAGUCCGAGGCGGCGGCAACGCAACACCAUCUGACGCUGCUCCAGCCGACCGUGGUCGAAGUUUCUGCAGCCGUGCUGGAUAAGGACAAGGUGGGGGAGCACGAGUCGGUGGGGCUGGUCGGUGGCUCUCCACCUUCUGGUGGACGGGGGAGGCGUAGGCAGAGGAAGAGCGAUGGGGAGGACGAUUAUGACACCGCCGUGACCGGGGACCUCAUUACGCGGGCGAAGAGGCGGCAGACGACAGGUAGUGCUGACGACGCCGGUGGCGCGGCAGUUGGGACACCGCGAGGCGCCAAGGAAGCUAGUGGCAAGGCGGGCGGUCAAGCAUUGCGCCAGAAGGGCCGACCCGCAGCAAGAAAAGCAUCCGGCGGAAGGAGAGGCAAGAAAGCAGCGACGGGAACAAAGCCGAAACGGGGCGAUGAAGACCCCGGUGAUGCGGAGGAGGAGGAGGAUGAGGAGGAGGAUGCGGAGGGAGAGGAGGAUGAAGAGGAAGCGGAGGAGGAUGACGCGGAUGUUGGGGAGGAUGAAAAAGAUGAGAAUAAUGGCGGGGAGGACGAAGAGGAGGAGGAGGAGGAGGAGGAGGAUGAGGAGGAGGAGGAGGAGGAGGAGGAGGAGGAGGAGGAGGAGCAGGGUGACGACGAGGAGGAGGAUGUGGAGGAGGAGGAGGAGGAGGAGGCAGCGGAGGAGGAGGAGGAGGAGGAGGAGGAGGAGGAGGAGGAGGAGGAGGAGGAGGAUGUGGCGCCAGCAUUGGGCCGCCCGUAA